AAGAAAAGCUAAGGCAGCAAUACGUCAGUGGUGUGUGUGUGCUCAGGGUUUGUGCAAGGCGGCGGGCAUCGAGGACUCCCUCCCCCUGCCCAUGAUGCAGGCGGUGGAGAUUGAGGAGGUGGAGGUGGAGAACACCCCCAUCCCGAAGCGACGCUCCUCCCACGCCUCCCGCGAAUCCCCGCCUUCUUCCCCACAUUCCCCGUGCCCUCCAUCCCCGGUGUCUCCCUGUCCGCCAUCACCGUCCACUCCGACCUCGCCGACGUCUGACGGAGGGCAGGAGGACAGCACCGCCAGCACCGCCUCGGGACAUGGGGGGCGCCGCCUCCCCAACAUUAAGAUCAAGAAGCAGUACAGCAAGAUAUUUCGCAUUAAGACUAAGAUCCUGCAGAACUUGGGCAAAGCAGACCGCACAAUAGACGAUGUGUUCGAUGAGUAUGAUGCCAACUUCACCCGUCAACAGACCAACGCUAAUCGCCUGCAUAAGGAAGUGUCCAACUACCUGCGCUGCUGCCGAGCACUGCAUGGGGCUAGCAAGGGGCUGUACGAGACCCUGAUAGAGGUGUACGAGCCAGAGUGGGUGGGACAUGAAUUGCUUUAUGCCCAGGCCCAGAACUCUGACAUGCUAUGGACUGACUUUUGCCACAAGCUGCAGGACCAGACCCUCACCCCACUCACUGCCUACCAGCAGCAGUUCCCAGAGUUGAGGAAAAAGAUUGACAAGCGAGGUCGUAAACUAGUAGACUAUGACAGUCAGCGGCACCAGCUGGAGAACCUGCAGCGAGCCAGCCGGAGAGAUGAAUACAAGAUUGCCAGGGCACGUGAUGCCUUGGAGACAGCACGCACCACAUAUGAGGUCCUCAACAAGGAGCUGUAUGAAGAACUUCCUGCUCUCUAUGACCAGAGGAUUCCCAAUGUUGCCUCCCACCUGCAGACCCUUUAUGCUGCUGAGGCCACAGUCAUGGCAGAGUUUAGUAAGGUUGCCAAAGAGGUAGAGGCCAUUGCAGACAAGCUAACAAAGGAAUGUGCCAAGGGAACAUACAAAGUGAAACGGACAGCUGCUCCACGCCCGCUGUCUUCUGUGGAGGCGUCCUCACCACAGAACACAACCAAUUCCCCAUCCAUGUGGUAUGACGAGGCCCCCAAAGAGGAGGGCAGCAACUCCCAUGAGGUGUUGGAGUGCAGUGAAGGCACACUUGAGAUUACCAGCCCAGAGGAGGCUCCAUGUUCCUCAGUCACCUUGGAAGCUCAGGAAACCUAUAAACCCAUCAACGACUCUGACCAGAUGACUGCACCCACUGUUGAGUCCCCCGGCACUGAUGUCCCAGAUCUCCCUCCUAGCGACUCCCAGCCUGAGAGUGACAACCGGCCAACCAUUUCUGCCCCUGUGGCCCAGAACAAGGAGGAAACAGGCCGGCCUUAUGAAGAGAUAGAAUUUGAGGACAAGAAGGUGAAUGGCAAUGUGUCGCAGCCCGCUCGCACCUUUCAGCAUGCCAUUACUGACUUCACUCACUGUCAAGCUAAGUGGUCACUACAAAACCCCAGAACCUUCUACCACCAGUUGGAGAUUGAUAGGCAUGGGCUACUCUGUGGAGGGGUGGUGUUAGGGACAGGCAGAGAGGAGAUUCCUCCCACCAGUAUGGCUCACUCUGUCUCCUCAGCAGCUGGCCCUGCACUCAGUAACGGCCCCUCCUUCACAUCUCCCUUGGAGGAACCAGAGACAAAAGUGGAUGAGAUCUAUGACGUACCUGUGGGUAAGUGCCAGCAAAGCUCACUUGGGCACCCCAAAAGACACCACCACAGCCACCCUGUUCUCUUUCAUUCCAGUGUUGGUGCUCAAGAAAAUAUUUGCUGCUUGCCUCUGCAUGGAAUCAUUUUACUGUGUGUAUUUCUUCCUUUAUGUUUUUGGGAUGGCUGUUGUAAUGGAUAUUGGGUUGGUUGCCUGCUUGUAGUGAUGAGGCAGUCUAGAGGAGGUGUGAUCAGGUGCAGCAACACCAAAGGACUCCUAGAAAGGGCCACCACAGAAGGUCUGCCACCGGGUGUCCUGUACCGAGUGCGUGCUACAUACAAGUACACUCGCGAGGAUGUGGAUGAAAUCAGCUUUGAGGUUGGGGAGAUCAUCAAUGUGGUGGAGUAUGAAGAUCCUGAGGAGCAGGAGGAAGGCUGGCUGACUGGUGUUAAAGAAAGCACCAACGAGAAGGGUCUUUUCCCAGCCAACUUCACCCGUCCUAUGUAAGGCACGACAGCUACCACUCAGGCACCUUCCACCUCAUGGAAGAUGAAGACUCCCUCACAUCUCACAUAAUUCUUACUCUUGUUAUUAAUACUGAUUUUUCCAAUACUACUCUUUCAUCAUAAUGUGCCACCUGGUUGGCAGGGAAUUCUACUUGAUUAAUGGAAUUUAAACUGAGCACUUAGAAAGUGCACUUAUCAGUUUCAAGUUCCAGUACAUUUGUUUAUGGUUUGUGAUGAUCCAUAUUUGGAUCAGUGCCAAACCCUUGUUAGUUUUGUGUUGUGAGAUUCUCUCCCUCCCUCAUCUGUCUUCUUUAAUGUAGUGUACAUUUUAUAACCAUUAAUACCUACUCCUUCCCAAAAUGUAUGUGCUUACCACUGCUACUGCUAAUUUAAUGUGUUGUAAGAGAAAACAAGAAAAUUAUUUACACUGCCCUUAAAAAGAAAAAGUUAGAUAGGGUCACCUGUAGAAAUCCACAGGAACUUCUAAGUUUGGUGUCAGAAUGGCAUCAUGUGUCACUGUUAGCAGCAGUAGCAUUGCUGUGUGGUGGAUAGACAAGCAGCAGUCAUCUUUAUGAUGGUUUCACUGAGGCUUGUUAUAUGCCAUUGGCCUACUGGCAUCCCACAAGACCCCAUAAUGAUGGUGUGUCUAGGAUAGAACUUUCCCUCAUGGAGUAAGAAACCUAUGCAGCUUUACAUAGUAAGAACCUGAGAACUGUCUCUGCACUGGAGCUGCUGUCUUUUAGUAGGUGUGUAGAGAUCCCUAAUUAUUGCCUUUUUUUUUUUUUUUUUUUUUCAUUUUUUUAUUUAUUGAUAAUUUAGUUCUAAGAUAAUUGUUAUGUUUCUGAAUGUUUAUUAUAUGAUCUGAUAUUUCAAUACUCCUUAUUUUAACUGAAAAUGUAAUAUUUGUAGUAUUAUUUGCAAUUGAAACUUUAUAUUGGCUUGGUAAGCAUUGUAAUCUUAGAAAAGAUUACCAAGAAUUACCAGGUCAAAAGACUGUCAUAAUGAAUGCACUACUUUGUUUUGCCUGACACAGCUGUUUGAGAACCUCAUAUUUUGCACACCAAAAUAAAAUAAAAUUUACUCUUGACCCUUCAUAUGUAUAGAAAAAAACAAACAAACAAACAAACAUAAUUUUUUUGUUUCUUUUCAGGUGCAUGCAAUAAGUUUCCUUGAUUAAGAAUAUAUUCUAGUUUAGUUUAGUUUCUGAGGUUAUCUUGCACCUUGUGUGCCAUGAAGUGCACUGGUUAACAGUCCAGCAGUCAGUGCAGUGGGUGUGGUAGUUUCCCUCAGAUAUCUACCACAUUUGUCUACAGCAACUUAAGUAAUGUUGUGUAAAUAAUGCUCUUGAAUAUAAGGAGACCAUUGUAAAUAGUUAUUCAGAUGUAAAUAAAAUAUAAGGCAGAGUCUGUCAUGUAAAGAUGGUCUCAGAAUUAUGUAUAUAAUAGAAGUUAUGAUGAAGGAAAUCUUGUUAUUUACUUCAUACAAAUGAUAAGUGGAGUCUUGAGGCUCCAGGAAUACCUGGUCAUUGUACUGAAAUUAUUAAAUUUAGAAAAAUUUCUGCAGACAGUGACUGAAUGAUCAUUAGGUCUCCAGAGUUGGACAUACAGAUGUGCCAUGUACCAAAACAGGUACUUAAUUAGCUACUAAUAUUACUUUAUGUAAUCUGUUUUAACCCACUAGUGUCACCCUUGGUGUCAUGUUGCUCACCCUUCCAUUUUUGUCUUGUUAAGGAGCUUUAGAAUUAUGAACAUGAAAGUCCUUGUCCUUUUCCAGUUGCAGAAGUUUUUAGUAACUCAAAAAAUAUGGUGCCUUGAUGCAGUUUGCCUUGUAUAGAUAGAUCAUUUGAUAUGAGAUUUUACUAAUGAAUCAUGUCAACCUUGCCCGGCUCAUGAAGGGUGCAGCGUGGCCAUGCGACUGUUACCCUGGUGUGGGAGCUGUGAGGGGCCAGCGUGCUGGAGGGGCACAUACAUAGUGAAUGCUCAGCAGAGAUUUUCUUUGUCAGCAAAGUGUUGUACAAAGCUGCUUCAAAUUUUAUUUGAUCAGUUUUGAUUCAUCACAAAGUAUGAUUUAUACAUGGUUAUAACAUGAAGUGUUUGGCAGAGCUGCUCUGCCUGUGCUCCCAUCUUGACUUGCAGUCAGGAACCAAGUAUGAAUGGUCAUUUAUUCUUACUAUUUUUACUUGUAACAUCAGUGCUAAUAAAAUAAUGGAGCCUG